AUGGAUAACUCCAACCUUAAAGCGAUCCUGACGCCGGACAAUUUCCACAAUGGGCAUAUGAUUUCACGAGCCACCUCUCCGGGAGGUGAACCUGACGGUGUCAACGGAGACGGCGAGCCCAAAGCACGAGUUCGACCUCGCACAUACCCAUACUUCAAAUACCUACCAUACCAGCUCGAGGACGAAGCCCAGAGAGCGCAAUACUUCCGGGAUAUAUUGACACAGCUCUAUAUUGCGGUGGAAUCGGGCGAUUUUAGUCCUGGUGCGGUGCACUGGACACGUGAGCUGAGAGCAUGGCUGGCGCUCAAGUUUGACCCGACUCGCAGUGAGCGGAUCAAGCUUGUCAAGCUGUACUAUGAGCUCUCUUUAGCUCCGGGGAUCGAUCCCAACGUCGCCGAGCGUUUUUCGAGCAUGUUCAUGCUUCUCACCAAGCGCAAGCAUUACCUGAGGCCGAUCAAGGACCUUACUUUGGACUGGAAGCCUUUGUACAGAGAAAUGAAAGCCUUCGUCCUGCCUACAGAAUCUGGCCUCGUACACUCAUCGAACCUUAAGCGGAACAUCAAGACGUUGACCAAGCUAUGCGCAUUCAUUCAGCUCUACAUUGAUCCUUGCGAGCUACCAGCCAUGUUGGAAGAGUUUCUCCCGCAUUACAGCACCUCCUUCUCGGAGGGCGCGUUUGUUGUAGUCGGACUGAUCAAUCUGCUCGCUCCUACAACUCCACCACCGGAGUCCAGGGAGGAUUUGCUACCACAGCACUAUAUGCCGACAUAUUUCCAUCUUUGGUCCUUGGUUAGUCGGUCAAAGACCUUUGAUCAGACGUUCCUUGACUUCCUGUCGCGAAUGGCGCGAGAUUCAUUGCCUGCUGGCCAUAUCCCUUUCUCCGAGUAUGGAAUCUUCACCAAGGAGCAGUCGUCCCUCAUCUUCACUGCAACUUUGAGACUCCUAGAGAUUCCGGUUGGACAGUCCACGUCUCCUUACAGUGCUCUUGUUGACAUAUCCUCUGGGUUGGGAAUCAUGCUUGAUCGAGACUCCCGGAAGCAUCCCGUAGCGCAUCACAUAGCCAGGUGGAUCGUCAUGUCUCUUUCGCCGGCAUGCCUUGACAAGGAAGAUUCGAUCUUGACUCAGCUCGAAGGCCUCAUACAAGCCGUGGAGACAUUUUUCCAUCCGUCAAACUCCGGUAGCUGGACCAAGAGCCUAGCCCAGUUGGUAUAUUACCUCACGGAUUUCUUUGUAAUGCGAUGGAACAGAGAGCAGAGCGGCGAGAUGGAGAUUCCAAAGGAGCGACGACUGACAGAGCCUCUGAGGCGUCGCUUCGUACUGUGCAUUCGCGACGUCAUUUUCAUGGGCAUCUAUUCCAAGAGCGCUACUGCGAUGAGCUUCUCCUUGUCGACCCUGCAGGGCCUGGCGUUCUUGGAGCCGCAUCUCAUCCUUCCAGGCGCUCUGCAGCGGAUCUAUCCAUCCCUCCAAGGUUUGGUGGAGGUUCACCGUACCACUUCGUCACUUCGGGCUCUCCAAAUCCUUGCGCGGAUUAUCGCAAGGACCAAGGGCUACCGUUGUCACCUCACUACCUUACUUGGAAUGGCUCUACCUGGAAUUGAUGCAAAUGAUCUUGAAAAGUCACUUCACACGUUGACGUUCAUCCAAGCUGCGUGCUAUAACAUACCCAUGGCGGACUUGACAAAGGGAAGAGACGAGGUCAACUGUGAUAUGCUCGCGAUGCAAUGGGUUCCGGGGGAAAUGGAACGGAUGGAACAAGAGGGUGUUGAAGUGCAGCUGAACUAUGACACCGAGCUCAACGACGAAACUGAAGAGAUGAUCCUUCGUUCUUCCACGUGCGGCUUUGGAGACUUCAUUAUCUCAUUCCUAGGCCGAGUCUUCACACUUUUGGAGAACCUUCCUGACGUCUCGAGGGUGCGCAAUGGAUCGCCCGAGGAGAACAUUGUGAACACUCUUCCUGCGACCUUCAUGCCUCUGCUUUCCUCGCUGUCUCCUGAGCUAUACGAGAUCGCUUUGACUAAGGUUGUUGACUUUGUGUCUAACCAUGUCAUUCACCAAGCUCGCGAUGCAAUGGCCUUCAUCUGUAACGCUGUUUGUAAAGUCAAUCCUGAACAGGCUUUGAAGCGUUUCAUACCCGUGUUAACACAGGCGAUUCGGACUGAGAUUGAUGACAAUGGUGCAGGCUCGACUCGUACGACUGGUACUGAUGUGCUUCCUCGUGACCGAGGCCUAGUAUGGAAUGUUAGUAUGCUCAGUAUGUGUGUCGUGCAUGUUGGAGAUGCUGUCCUAGCACACAAAAAAGAGCUGUUUGACAUUGCCGUCUACAUGCAGCAGAAGUGCCGGGGUAUUCCAACUGUCCACGUCUCAAACUUCAUACACCACCUCCUCCUCAAUCUGACCGGUACAUACACCUCAGAUUACUCACUGUACGAACCUGAAGAUGUCGCGAAGGGCAUCCAGCCUGAGCAUUGGAGCUAUCGGCCUGACCCGCAAAAUUUGACCGUAAAAUGGCACGUUCCGAAGCGCCAGGAAAUUGAGUUUGCUGCCGAGCUUUUCCAUAAUCAGGCCGAGUCUGCUCUCAAACAGCUAGCGGCUUUGACUGAUGAAGGUUCCAACGUUAGACGAGAUGGAAUCGGCAAGGAAUGGUCUGAUGAAGUAAUUCGGAACUUGGUCCUUUUGCGUCUCAUUAUCUCAGGUGUUUCUGUACUCUUUGACGCCAAAGCUGCAUCCAACACAAAGCAUAGUGAGGCCAAUGGGGUGUCGCAUCAGACGGAGGACGUGGAAAUGACUGACGGCGUCGAUGGAGCAGGUCCAGAUAAUGAAGAGGCCGAUUCUUCACUAGACAGUUCGGAAGAGAACACCGUGCGAGAAACAUACCUCUACCCAACUGGAUAUUCUCUGGAAGAAAAUGACCCCAUUUACGUUACCAUUCAUGAUAUCCGAGAGAGGGCUGGCUGGACUCUCCACAAAGUGCAUAGAUACCUGACUGAGAAGCAGGAAGACGAUGUUCCUUGCUUUAGUGCUCUGUACUCUGCCUACAAAUGCUGGUUCGUUGAUGUUGGUAUCGAGAGGUCCGCCCAUGUACUCGACAGAGUAACUCGCCUUCUCCUUGCCGACAUCCACCCUUACAAGAUGAGCGGUAUCCGCAAGGAUUACCCGCGUCCGCUGCUUAUUCGACGAGCCAAUAUGUACCAUCUGCAGCGCUUGAGGCACAAUGCCGCCCCUCGAUGCCGGUCACGAUUGGAUGAAAUCCUGCUCCUGGAUAUUGCAGAGUCCUGCGUAUCUGCAUACACCGAGACCCGUCGCAACGCACAGACUGCCGGAGAGUCGGCCCUCAAGGUUGUCUGGGGUGCCCGUCUCCUUGUUAUUCCACCACUUCUCAAGACGCUUCAGAAUGGCAUCAAGGAGAAUGACUACGCACGAAUCAAGGGCUCACUUUUCUCGUUGUUGCUAAGCAGUGUAGCCAAGACCGUUGGUCGUCAUUGGAAGUACGCCCCCACCUUGGUCAGAGCUUUCAUCGACGCGAGUGCGGUCGAUAGGCCAUCUGUACAGCGGAUAUGCUCGAGCGUGGUUUAUCAAAUCAUGGAUUACGGACGUCCCAUGGAUAGAUUGGCCAUUUUGGACAAAGACCUCGUGGAGUCCAUUGCUCCAGCUACACACAGUGUCGAUGACCAAAUCUUGCAAAAGCGCAAAUCCCUCAACAACAAACGGGUCCUUAUUGAGAAGAAAAAGGCUGCUUUGGCUGAGGAGCUUGUGGAUCUAGCCCGCGCAUCCCACUGGAAGGUUGCCAGUCGAGUAGCGACUAUUGUUAUCUCCAUGGGACUUCGAUUCGAUUACAUCGCGAGUGAGCGUCUUGUGGAGCUUGUCACUAUGGGCUCUAUCGAUGACCACCCCGGCUUGCGUGGUAUGUACUCACAGGGGUUAACGGCGCUGUUUACCAUGGUCGAUGUCCGAGCAAUUUGCAAUCACGAGUACAAGAGCUAUAUCCUGGGUAAUCAAAACUUCCCGGCGAAGAUCAAGGUUGCCACUAAGAGACACGAAAAGGGUUGGACUGAGGAAUUCCUGGCCAGCUUUGCCAACCCUGAGACGGAGUAUUACAUUGACCACGAUUUCCCCGGUUGGCUUGUAUGGAGUGAUCACAUGCCCGGGUACAAGCCCAAUGUUGAGCGAGAUAUUGAGUAUGAUGAGGUGGAAUGGAAGAUACGUUCUCAUAUGGGCAAGCUGUUCAACAGAGCAUGGUUCAAACAGUUCUUUAUGUACUUGAAGCAAGAGCCACGGGAUCCAUCAGCCGACAAAUUCCGCAUGUCGUGUGCAAUGUUGCUCCUCUAUGUGUUUGAGUUGAUGCUUCGCGAUGGUCUCACAGCCGCUACUUUUGAAGAUGUCAAGGAGGAGAUUGAAGCCGUUUACGAGGACGGAAGUGAUAAGCAUCAACAUCGGGCUACUGCAGAAAUUCUCGGCGCGCUGGUCAGCUCUGUUACAGACACUAGCUUGGAGAAGCGAACGCUGGUCUGGGAGUAUGCUUUCCCGAUUGUGCAGAAGAUCUUUAUUGAAGGGCUAACGCCGGAAAACUCUGGGUACUGGACGACUUUCCUUCAUAUGAUCCUUCAGUGCCGCGAUCCGCGACGAGUUUGGCCGUUGGUCGACUGGUUGGCAAGCUUCCGUCUAGACAUGGGAUCGAAUGCAGCAUUCAAGGAGAGCUCUAAGAUUAACCUGCUUCACCAAUCGAUCAUUGAUGCAGGCUGGCACUUCCGGCUCGAAAAGCCGAUUGUCAAGGACUACCUUGCUCACCUUGACCACCCUUACAAGGGAGUGCGUGAGGCUAUGGGUCAGACUCUUGCGACAAUCUUCCGCACGCGAUACCAUGAGUCUUACCCCGACGUCAAGAGUCUGCUCACAGAUCAAGAAUCUUCUUCGUCGGUCGGUUCUUAUCCGUACUCGCCCGACACGGAUUUCACCCAGAUGAUCAACGAUAUAUUCACGCGAAUUGAGCAGUGGCGUCAGGAGAGAACACCUGGCCAGCAGACGCCUUCUUCCUACACGUCAGGAAGUAAGACCGUUCUCCUCUGGCUUGAUUCUACUUUGUCCUCUCAUGAGUGCACGCAGCUUGCCCCCUUCUUUGCGGACGUGUUUACCGGACAACUGCUGCAUAUGAUGGACGUCAAGGAAGACCCAGAACUUCAGUCGCUCGCAUACCACGUUUUCCGCCACCUCCCUAACGUUCCGUAUCCCGCUGAAGAGAACUCGGAUUUCAUCAAGACACUUAUCCGCAUUGGGCAGACAUCGCCUUCAUGGCACCAGCGGUUACGUAUCAUGAUCAACAUUCAGAUCAUUUACUUCCGGCGCCUCUUCCUUCUCUCUCCCUCUGACCGUGAUAAGCUCUUCGAGUGUGUAGCGAGCAUGCUGGAGGACCCGCAGCAUGAAGUCAGAGCUGGGGCAUCGGCUACGCUAUCGGGCAUGGUCCGUUGUUCGCCAGAGUUCCUCCGCAAAGCGAUCGUCGACCGUUUCAAGAAGCGAUUCACGAAAGUACUAGUCGAGAACCCUCUUCCCAAACGACCAAAGAUGCUCCGCACUCCCAGUGGCUUGUCUUCGCCGGCUUCCUCGGGAACCGGUACUCCAACACCCGAACACACCCGUCUUAUCAUCUCGAGACACGGUGCCGUUCUGGGUCUCGGAGCACUUAUCCAGGCCUUCCCUUACAGCAGUCCGCCACCGACCUGGAUACCCGAAGCACUGACGACGCUGAGUGUUCGUGCGGCCAACGAUCCUGGCAUUGUUGGAUCGAGCGUCAAGACAAUCAUUAGCGAGUUCAAGAAGACGAGACAAGAUACGUGGCACAUCGAUGCGAAGGCAUUUACUCCGGAUCAGUUAGAAGAUCUCUCUGGUGUUCUGUGGAAGAGCUAUUUUGCUUAG